AUCCGCAAACUGGAAGCUUUUGGAACCGAAAUCAAAAAUCAGUUUUUGACCAUUUCUGGAAUACUGGGCCCAUUCCACAAACACAAUAUAUUGUGUGAUCCCAAACAGAACCUGGGAAGAUUGGCACAAAUUAACCUGAAGUAAGUGUUGAAUCAUUUCUUCAAAAUUUAACAAAUGGCUCAUCGAGGCUCUCGCCCAAAUCCAGCUUUGUCAAAAGGUGUUGUUUUCCGCAACCCACUAAAUAUCAGUCCGCAGUUUGACACUCAGCAAGGAAGAGAUGUAGAGGAGGCUGAAGAGGAAGAUGAGGAGGUGGAGUUAGCUGAGGAGGUAGGGGAGGAUGUUUUAAUGAUGGAAGAAGCGGGAGAGGCACAAGAAGCAGAAGAAGAAGAAGAAGAAGAAGAAGAAGACGACGAAGAUGAUUAUGAUUAUGAUGAUGAGAAGCAGAAGAAGAAGAAGAAGAAGUAGAGAGCAGAGAGGACAGGAGGAUUAUCCCAGUGGCCCUGUUAUCAAACGGAGUAGGGAGAGAGAGGGAUGAAGGAGCAGAAAGCCUGGAGGAAA